GGAUCAGAUUGAGGACUCCUGCACUAAUGUGUUAAACAGCUACUCCAUUGCAGCCUGUGGUUGAUGCUGGAUCAUUUUGUCAACGUUAACCAUUUUAUUCAGGGGGGUGAUUUUAGGGGGCUGCUGUAUCAGUCGGUCUGUAAUAUAGAGGAUGGGACCGUAAAACUGCAGUGUUUUUCUGGCGUUCACCCCAGGAAGUGGCAGUUGAUGAAGGACUUCUGCCUUCCCCCUUUCUUGGCAGUGCUCAUUGCAGUUCGUACUGUGGGGGAGAACGAUAUGGCCGUACGGUUGCUGCGGACUUGGCCCGCAUUGUCCCAGAUUCGCCUGGGGUCUGUGGGCCCGGCUCGGUUCGUGUCUCAAACACCAUCCUCGGGUGCUGCUGGCACCACGACGGUAUCAGACCUACAACCCGCCCACGCCAAGGACAGCCAUGGACACGCAGAGGUCAGCGUCUACGAGAAGAAUCCAGACUACCAUGGCUUCUCCCAGGACCCCCAUGCGGACCAGUGGAACAUGCGGUUGGCCUUCUUUUGUGGCGUCUCGGUGGCCAUUGUUAUUGGGGGCACAUUCAUCCACUAUCUACCUGACCCUGGUAUGAGGCAGUGGGCCCGGAGGGAAGCAGAGAGGUUGAUCAAACAGCGAGAGGCAGAAGGCCUUCCCCUCAUAGAAGAGAACUACUAUGACCCCAGCAAGAUCACACUGCCAUCUGCUGGAGGAGAGGAGUAACUUCAAGAUUCCAAGUUCAUAAAGUAGUGACCGGAUGAUUGGGCGAGUCUUUUUGUUGGUAACCUAUUGUUUGAUGUCAUGUAAACAAAAAUUAAACUAUAAAUAUUGAUCCA